AUGGCUGGGUCUGAUACAUCGAUUUUAUUAUAUGAUACAAUAACAGGACGAUUUACUAAGUAUGGGCGCAGCCAUUUACGUUCGUUUUGUGCUCAUACACCUUAUCCAAGUGCUAAUCAGUUGAAGGAAAUUGCUGAAGAAACAGGUUGUCCAAUGUUAAAAUUACGAGUUUAUGCAAACAUAAUACGUAUCUAUGGCUACGGAUUGUGCACUCAUCAUCGUCACCAUUCCUAA